AUGUCAUGUCCUGUUGUCCUAGGUGUGUUGUGGCCACGAGCCGUCAUCAUUGCGUCGGAGUGGAGUUGCCGUGGCAGCCCUGACGGGGCUCAGGAGGAUGGUGCAGAUGGAGAGGUGGCAGACGGGCCGGACCGGGGAUUGGACGGUGACCCCGAGGGAGUCUGGAGUCCAGACAUCGAGCAGAGCUUCCAUGAAGCCCUGGCCAUCUACCCUCCCUGCGGCAGGAGGAAGAUCAUACUUUCAGACGAGGGGAAGAUGUAUGGUCGAAAUGAGCUGAUUGCUCGCUAUAUCAAGCUACGAACAGGGAAGACGCGCACACGCAAACAGGUGUCUAGUCACAUUCAGGUUCUGGCGCGUAAGAGGGUACGAGAAUACCAGACCAGCAUCAAGGCCAUGAACUUGGACCAGGUAUCCAAAGACAAGGCACUGCAGACGGUGGCCAACCUCUCGUCAGCUCAGAUUGUGUCUGCUAGUGUAAUGAAACCCCAGACUCAGUUCCCUCCACCAGUCAGAUUUUGGCCCGGCCCUAUGCCAGGACAGGCUGGACAUUCUCAGGACAUCAAGCCCUUUGCACAGCCACCAUACACUACACUACCACCCCCUGUCGCUGUACCUAUCAGCUAUGAGCCCCUGCCUCCCCCGCGUCCCGCCGCCAUAGCAGCUCCUGUAUGGCAAGACAGAACCAUCGCCUCAGCAAAACUACGGCUACUAGAGUACUCUGCAUUUAUGGAGAUCCAGAAAGAAAGGGAGAUGUAUAAACACCUUUUCGUGCUCAUUGGACCGUCAAACCCGGGUUACAAUGACCCCGUUUUGGAGUCCAUAGAUGUGAGGCAGAUUUACGACAAGUUCUCCGAGAAGAAGGGAGGCCUGAAGGAGCUGUAUGAAAAAGGGCCGCACAACGCAUUCUUCCUGGUCAAGUUCUGGGCGGACCUGAGCAGCGACAUCGAGGAAGGCUCCGGCGUGUUCUACGGCGUGAGCAGCCAGUACAGUGGAACAGAAAACAUCACCAUCAGUGUCUCAACGAAGGUCUGCUCCUUUGGCAAGCAGGUGGUCGAGAAAGUGGAGACAGAAUAUGCUCACAUGGAAGGAGGAAAGUAUGUGUUCCGCAUCCAUCGCUCGCCCAUGUGUGAAUAUAUGAUCAACUUCAUCCACAAGCUCAAACACCUGCCGGAGAAAUACAUGAUGAACAGCGUACUCGAGAACUUCACCAUCCUGCAGGUGGUGUCCAACAGAGAGACUCAGGAGACUCUGCUGUGCAUCGCCUUUGUGUUCGAGGUGUCCACUAGUGAACAUGGAGCACAGUACCACGUUUAUCGACUAGUUAACGACUAGCAGCACAUGGCGUGCAUGCAGAGACUCUCCACAGACUUUUUGAUACAUACAGCAUAAACACUAUUUCCAGCUCAAACACACAGAACCCCCACUCCUGUACUCUCAACACACUUGUUUUAACAGACCAACAGUCACACUCUAGUCACACCUCUUGUUUGUAUGUGUAUGCUUUUCCAUCACUGCAAACUAUGCACCCUUUUUUAAACAGCCCAUGACUUAAA